AUGCGUAUGCUCGAUACCAGCACUGGCCGGUUUUCGGACCAGCUUCAUCACCGUCGAGUUCGAUACGCCAUCUUGUCCCACGUUUGGUCGAGGCGGGAGCACAGCAACUACGCGGAAUACCCUGCGCCCGAUUCGUCCAUCCUUCCUCAUCUAUCCGACAAAGUACAAAAGGCAUGCGAGCUUGCCCGCAGCCACAACUUCAAGUACCUAUGGAUCGACACAUGUUGCAUCGACAAGACAAGCAGCUCCGAGCUUUCCAAAGCGAUCAACUCCAUGUUCGAGUGGUAUCGCUGUGCCAAGGUCUGCUACGCGUUCCUUGUCGACGUCCACGACGGAGUACUCGACGAUCGCUAUAGCGGCUUCGUGGAAAGCGAAUGGUGGAAUCGUGGAUGGACCCUUCAGGAAUUGAUCGCCCCGCCUCAUGUCCUCUUCCUGACGAAUUCAUGGACGCCGUUCGGAACGAAGCAGACGCUGUCUUGGCUCAUCACGAGCGCCUUUGGCAUCGACGAGAAGGUGCUCCGGAACGAACGGGUCCUGUCUGACGUAUGUGUUGCGGAGCGCAUGUCAUGGGCGGCCAACCGCAAGACCACCGAGGACGAAGACGAGGCGUACUGUCUGAUCGGAAUCUUCGGCGUCAACGUCACCCCCAUCUACGGCGAAGGACAGCACGCCUUCGUCCGUCUCCAACACGCUAUCCUCGCGCAAAUACCUGACCAGACCUUGUUUGCAUGGGGCGGACGGGAGAAGGUCAAACUACCUCUACACGGCGACCCCAAGUUUUUCCACGCCGCCGGAGAAGCGUCCAUCUCUCAGCAUCAGCUCUCCCAAAAGUUGGCCAUGGGCCAUGUCACAUAUCCACACUACACUGCAACUUCCUUCGGCAUGCGUACUUCCUUCCCCAUGCUCUCUUACACCACCGACCACGGCGUGGAGAUUAGUCUUGCAUUCUUGGCUUGCGAACACAUCUCUGGAGCUAGCGAGAACCUCCUUGCCCUUAUUCUUCGCCAUUCGCCCACAAGCAAGGAGAAAUAUGUUGGCGUCAUC